AAAUUUCUUUCUUACAACGCAAGAAUAUACACAACACACACACGUAUAUAUAUACAUAUAUAUAUAUAUACACACACAAUAAACGAAGCAGCCUGAAAAUCGUGUAGUUGUACCUACGGAGAAGUCAACGAAUAUACAUUGCUUCAUUUCGAAUCGUUCGAUAGAUGGUGACCAUUCGUCUCUAUAAAUUGAUCAUUGGAAAAGGACAAAUAUCGCAAUAUGUAUAAAUCGAGUCAGGAACCGGAUAUACCCGCGGCAUUAGGCUUGCUGACACUUUUAAGUAAUGAAGAAUUAAAGGAUAUAUUGAACGACGAUAGCAAGUUCGAAGACAUCGUAAAGGACAUUAAGCAGUUCAAAGAACUUGAAACCGAAAAAGAAGUACUUAUGGCUAGCAACAGAUCGUUGGCAGAAUUUAAUCUUUCAAAACAGCCAGAAUUGGAAGAAGGUAAAGAAAUUUUAAAAGAACUCAGCGACAAGGGACAUCGAUUAUGUUUCAGCGUCAAGGAGAAGCUCAAUGAGAUGAAGGAUAGAUCGGGAACUAUGACAGUCGACACGGCAUUAGACCUUUUGCAAGCGGCUGCUGCAGAAAUUGAGGAGGAAUCGGAGAAGGUGGCUGAAAAAUUUUUAGCUGGCGAUAUGGAGGUGGAUGAAUUUUUAGAACAAUUUUUAUCAAGACGAAAAUUAAUGCACUUACGUAAAGUUAAAGUCGAUAAGAUCAGAGAAAUAAUGCGAAAAUCGUCGCAUCCUUCGUCCUAUUUUACUUCUAACUUUCCUGGAAUUGCGCCUUCCAUACCAUAUCCAACCGGGCCUGUAUCAAUGCCAAUGCCCAUACCAUCAGGCCCUUCACUUUAUAGACCAUAUUGAAUAGCCCCCUAUAUUUUCUUUCUCUUCUCUUUUCUUUUCUUUUGUAAAUAAUGGCAUGAUAUAUGAAUACCUAUGUUGCGUUUUUGUAUUUGGAAAAUACAAAAGAUGAUUGAAAUAUUU